AAGGCCAGUCGACGAUCGCGUCUGGUGGCGAAUUGUCACGUCAGUUGGCUUUCUGGUGUUGAUCAUGUGCGUUGGUGAGGUGGUGAAGCAUUAGAAUCGUGUGAAGUUCAGUGUGAUGUGAGUUCUGCCGAAUCGUAGUGACUACCGGAGAGGAGGUCUUUGUGAGAUGUUCAGUGAUUAAAGAAACUAUUCCCAAUCAACUCUCCCAAUUCUGAGUGAGUUUCGUAAGUGAACGAUCAGGAACCUCUCACCGAAUCUGCUGCCUCCGUAGAACGUCCAGCUCGUAUCGUAAGUCGCCACUUAAAAGGGCCAGUACAUGGCCACGGGGGAACGCUGCUACGUUGCUUUCACUUGGUACGCUCGUACAGUAGAGCUAAAAGUAAACAUAGAUCCAUGUGAUGUGACGUAGUGGUACCCUCCCGUGCCUAUCACAGCAUGGUCCCAUUAGGAUUUCCCUGGCGCAGUCACGAUGGAGGCACAGACGAGAAUCUAGCCAGCGAACAGCAAAAGAGUUGCUUGACAUCCGUGUACUGCGUGUGUGUGUGUGUGCUUAGUGUACGUAUGUUCAUUGAACCAUGGCAUGGCGAAACGGUUGAAUGUCCGUUACCCGUCCAAUGUGGUUCGAGAACGUAUCGCUCCGAGCUGCAUAUUUCUCCCGCUUCAUCCGGUUUCAGCGAGUACGGACCUGCGCCUAGAACAGCAAACGUCGCUCUUCUACGUCCAGCCAGCCCAUCCAGCAGCAGCCGGAGGAGAAAGAUCACCGAUUUACCAAUUCCCGUUAGGUCGUUGUAUAAUGGAGCCCCCGCCGGAGUCGUCCAGUCCACCGUGCCGUCCACAUAGGCGUCGGAGUGUCGGUGGACGAGCCAUGGCCGGUCCACCAAGGUCGGAUUGGAACAGCUGGCCGAGGCAGCUGUGGUUACCAGUCGUGCUGUCCGGAUCAGAGCGGGAAGAUAGUUCUCGCCCAAAGAGACUUGGAACAUCUGAGGAGCUGAAGAAUGCAGAAGAAAAAGAGGAUAAAAACAACAACAAAAACUGUACUACAUCAAAUUGAAGUCUUCCCUUUGGCACGGACGGACAACCGAUAACCCCUCGGCCCGGGCAAGAUCACCCCUAUCGCAGGAACGGAACACAUCGGUUGAGUAAGUGUCGGUUGGGCUUCAUGUAAAUGAGUCUAAUAAGAUAUGAUUGGCCCAUCGGUAGGUAACGGCUACAGAGCUGCACCGGUUGCACACCGACCACUUUAAUCCGCUCGUCUGAAGAAUUCUGCACACUCAAGAUAAACGGUCGAUUGCAGCGAUCGCUUGGAGUUUCGAUGCGUAGCAAGGCUCAUCUGCGCCAUUGCAUCUGAGAUCGGGUUAGGUUCAAAUUAUCGACCAUGAUUAUGCUUUUUCUAAUCAACUUACUACCUGUUAUGAAAAAGGCGGAUCAUAAAAGGGUCGAUCGUAGAUGAUGCAACAAUGCUGGGAGCUAAGCUUCAGCGUUCAACGCGUCAGAAAACUCAAACAACAUCUCUCUUUAUUAAUUUGUCCGUAAAAAUGACAUCCAAAUUACUUGAAUCGUGUGACGACCAAUUUGUCGGCCAUAAACAUUAUACGAUCAUAUUUGUCAUUGUUUCGAUCGGUUCCUUUUACCCCAGCAGCUCACACAGAAAGUGUCCUCGACAAGGCGUAUCUGCCUAGCUCCUAACCGCUCGGGAAGGAAAUCGUCAACCGUGGAAAGCUAGAACCCGAUAGAAUGGAGCAUUAAUAUUAAUUUCUGAUUUACAUUUCGUACGGUUUCCCUGUAGUUUGUGCGUGCCCGCCAGGCUCCGGCCUGGCUUCUCGAGUGAUCCGAAUCAUGGUAGAGACAUGCACUUCAGCAUUUCAUAAAACAUGCUUCGUGGUUUUAGGGGGACGUCCAGGGUUUUUGGGGGACCAAUUCAAACUGGAAAAGCUCCAUUAAGAACCUGUCCGUCGCCAGUAACAGUAAGUGUCUCGGUCGUUGCACAGCCGCGUCACUUGUACUCGUUUCCUCGUUGGCCCGAGAUAUGUUCUCCACCUACUGAUAUGGAUUUGGUUUGACAGAGUGCUGGCAACCCUGAGGUUGAGCUUUUUGCUGGGUAAUGCAUUAUGUUUCGUUUUUUUUCGCUCACUGUUGUCCCUUUGUCGUGGUAUGCUGUUCCAUACGAGCGAUUAUAAUUGCAUUAUGUAAGCUGCCCUCUAGGACUGUCGAGGGUCGCAUCGAGUUGGAACCAGUUUGUAUACCUUUACAGCUUUACAAUACCGUGUUUACUUAUAACUACUUGCAUUUACUUACUUAGUUGAAGUUACCAUCAAUUUGCCACAUCGAACACCAAACAUAAAAAAUGUUUCAGUUAAACAUAUAAAUUUAGAUUAAUACUGAGGAUAGACCUUUAUAUAUCAUAAUUUAAAACAAUUUGAGUAAUAAAGCCCACCAAGAAACAUUUAAAUUUUAA